AUGCCAUCAGCGCCUUGGGACCAGAUACCAGGCCUCGAAUAUACCCCGCCAUGCCCGCUCGCAGUCAAGAAGCAUCUAGCCUCCAGCACCCCAGGUAGGUCGAAGUACGGCGUCAGGAGCGUUUACCGGCGCAUCUGUAUUGUGGCCCGGUGGGAAAUGAAGCGGUAUACUACACACGACUAUUGA